CCCCGACUCUACUUUAAGAGAGUCCUGUGUCCAGACACUGACGUGAGAAAGUGGACAGUGAAACGGACACAAUUCGAGGAAAAGGCUUCAUUUCGAGAAAAUGACUCCUAAUUUAAUUUAUUCAGCCAUGCGGACAACAGAAGGAUCGAAUCCCGUGCGUUUUAUGCAACACGAAGGACCGCUGCAUGAAUAAUGGUAUGUAGCAGCCCUCUGGACCCCGAAGAAGCAGGCGGACAGGGGAGCGGUGAAUUUUCAAACAGAGCACAGAGACUGAAAGCCAGCUCACGUGAUGGUGGCUCUUCUUCAUGUAGCGUCGGCGCCCGAUCCCUCUCUUCCCCCCACCCCGGCGUUUCAGCCCGCUCCAGCUGCAGCGCAUGCGAUGGACCCUGCGGCCUCCUACUGAGGUCGAGCACGGGACAACGCAGAAAGAAGAAGAAGAGACUGUUAAUAAUGCCUAACCCCCCCCCCAGAAACUGCACGCAGCACGGUCAGUCUCACCGGUUUUCCCGUCUCCUUACCGAGACGUCUGUAGUCUGCGACGCGAAUGAAGCCCUUCCAGGCGGCGCGAGUCGAUGGUUUUUGUUUAAAGCCGCUCGUUUCGUCCUUCUCUAGGUUGGUGAGUCUGUGUAGAAGCUGUGGUGCCUUCUUUUGGUAUGUGGGGCUUCGAUGUAAUUGGGUGUGGGAGGGAGGGCAAGGGACUGUGUGAAUGUUUUAAAUUAAAUGUUAACUUAGGGUGUUUUUUUUGUUCUUGUUUGUUUUGUUUCUGUUUCUCCCUCUCUUUCUUAACCAAUGAAAAUGAGCGUAAGAACAAAAAGGCUUCGUUAAGAUCGCAAAUGGACAAAGUUUUGCAAGUAAUAACAAGGAGGAGAAGACGCUGUGUUUUGUACAGAGGAACCGCUGUGUGUUGGAUGUUCGCGAUUGCUCAGAGAAACGACAAAAGCCACAACUUUUUCCUUUUUCGAGAUUGUUACUUUUAAAAAAAUAAAACUGAACUCUUUGCUAUAUGUUGCCCUGUUUGGAUGGCGCUGAAAAUGAUUUGUAGGCAAAACGAUUACAAAAAUGUUCAGCUUUAUGAUUUCAUAGGACCUUAAAGUAGACCAUGUGGGCGUCACAGUGCCACACUAGCUUCGUUUGCAUGUGCUGGAUGUGAAUCUGUUGAAACUGGCAGGUCAUUUGAGGCACUGCGCCAUGAAUGUUUUUAGUUGUUGUUUUUGUUUUUUCUCCCCAAAAGAUGUCAGCUAAAGUCAGUUUUGUAUGAGAUCGUUCCGAUACUUGUGCAUGUUUGUCCUCUGGGUGAAGAUGGGGCAACGAGGAGCAGCAGCAGCAGGUCGUCUCGCAGAAAUCGGCUUGGAACCUUCUCCGGUUUCGGUGCAAAACGGUCAGAAGCGUAUGUGGACUCUGUAAAAUCAGGGAAUAUUUAUGUGUGAGUCUGUUUAACGGUGAUAUCUUCUAAACCGCCCCUCCUUUGUGACACUUCUUAUUGAAACAAACCAACUUUUAUAGCUCAGAAUGUAUCAAAAUGCAUUGAAUUACCAUGCAGUCUUUAUGCUUACUGGACUUACUUUGAAUAAAAAAAAAAGAAAAAGAAUAAAGAUUUGCAAGCUGAAUGCCUGUUAGUGUGGACUCUAAUCUAUAAACAUCUGUUCAAUCAAAGAUCACAGCUGUACCUGCUAUGGGUUGACUAAGAUCAGCCUCCGACGUAAGGUCUCCCUCUAGUGGAGACAGAGUGGCAAAGGGAUUUUGGCUACUCUUAGUGCAAUCAUUUCUGUAAAAUGCUAGCACAGACUUGUGUGACUUUUAUGACAAGGGAGAACAUUUUUACAUGGUUUUAAACAUUAAAUUAAACAUCUGAUUUAAUUUAACCCUCCCGCUUUCCCAGAAACAAUACCUUAGAGAACCAACUGAUGAAUUUGUAGCUGCAAGACUACAGUCUAAUUUUUGCAAAAUUUCACAAAAUAGCCUGUUCUAGAACAUCAUUAUGCUUUUUUAAUUUAAAUCGUUCCACUAUAACUCUGGCUCCAUGAUUGCAGUAAAUCAUGAAGAUGAGCUAAAGCGUGGGGUAUUGCUCUAUGACCUGACUGUUUUGGACUUCCUUACAUGUGUUUGCUUUGCUGUUUGUUUAGACCUCUGAAGUUUUCACAGAACUCCUGGAUUUAUAUUGGAAUCACAUCCGACACCAGCAGAAUAAGAUCAUCAACUCUUUGAGAUCUAUGGAUAAGCUCGUUGGAAACAACACGACUACGGAGAACAGCUCCUUGAACAAGUGGACGCUCAAUGAACCAGGCUUGUUCCACCAUCGGGACCCCAGCGAACUCCGGGUCUUGGUGCCAGCCAUCCUGGGAGUCAUCUGUGUUUUAGGUGUGGCUUGUAAUCUCACCGCAAUGGUCAUCCUGUUCUCGAAUGCCCACCGGGGCAAAUUGUCCCUCAUCAACUCGCUCAUCUUCAACCUGAUGUUCGCCGAUGGGCUGGUGCUGAUGUUCACCGUCCCUUUCAGGGCUGUCUCUUACUCCAGGGCGAGCUGGAGCCUGGGGUGGGUGGUGUGCAAGACGGCCGACUGGUUCCUCCAGUCCUGCAUGGUGGCAAAGAGCCUCACCGUGGCUUUCAUGGCGAAGGCUUGCAGCCGAUACGUGUCAAACCCCACCAGGCAGGUGAGCAUCCACCUGGGCUCCAUCCUGGUGGUGCUCUUCUUCAUCUGGUUGUCUGCCUGCUCCGUCACCAUUCCACUGUGGCUGUUUGCGAAGCUGCAGAGAGAGGUCCGUGGGCUCGUGUGUGUGCUGAUGUUCCCUCCUGAAGCUAAGGAGUUCAUGUCUGUGUACGUCAAAGCGUACCCCUUAGGGGUCUACUGUGCACCGCUCAGCUUUGCCUUGAUGUACUUCUGGAAGGCUUACGGACACUGCCAACGUCGCUCCAGUAAGUCUCAGAACCUGCGCACGCAGAUCCGAUCCAGGAGGCUCACCCUGAUGCUUUUCAGCCUGACCCUGGCUAUGGCUAUCCUGUGGCUUCCUCAGUGGGUGGUAUGGCUUUGGGAGAGGCAUCUUGCAGAGAAGGAAACUGAAGAAGUUCAGCCACUGACUUCCUCUCCUCCCCUUUUCCUCGCCCUCUCUGCUCAGCUGCUCACCUUCUCUCUGUCUUUGGUGAACCCUCUGAUUGUCCUCUUCCUCUCAGAGGAAUUCAGAGAGAGUUACCGGGGGCUGUGGAGGCGCCUCACCCUGCGCAAGCAGCCUCCACCUAAGCCAAAGCCCGGACCCCACAACCCUACCUCUCUCCAGUCUCCUUGCCCCAGACCGGAGACUUCAGGACAGCUGAUUGGAGAGAGAGGGAUUCAUUUCAGCUCCAGCCAGGAAACCAGCGGCAAGGCUCAACCUCCGCCGGACCACGGCAAUCCUGGUGGGGAAAAAGAGGCGGACAGGGUGAGCCUUAGAGACGGGGUUGUCUUGCCUGAUGUGGAGCAGUUCUGGCAGGACAGGGAGACUGGCUCGCACACGGAUGAAAACGAUCCGGUGCCGUGGGAGAACCAGACCCAAGAAGAGAAAAAAUAAUAACCAGCCAAUAUCCAACACACCUCUACCAACUGCUGUGAAGUAAAUGACUGAUGUUCUGUCUUCUGUGUGUGCAAUAUUGUUCAAAGGUAAGACGUGUAAUCAGAGCGAGUGAGACCCACAAAUAGAGCAGCGUCAUCUGCAUAUGUGAUAACCUGUUGCAGUUUGUGAGGUAAUUAUUAGUACCUGUAAAUAAAAACUUUAUGAUAGGAUAAAAAUAAUUUAUACAAACUUUCUUUCUACAUGGAGUAAGUACCAAAAAAAAAGAAGUGUGUUUGCGAAUAAUUUCGACCUCGACUCAAGGCUCACGUGUAAAAUUCUUUCUUUAAUGAACUAAAUAUUUAAAUGUGCAUUUGUUGUUUUUAUGAUGAUUAGAAAGUGGUUUGCAUGCAACCGUCGAUGUGACAGUAAUUGGUCUCAGAUUUAUUUGCAACGUGUCUCUAAAUGGAAACUGUUUUCAA